AUGCGUGUCUCCGCAGGUCGGUGGCGGCUGCACGCGCUGCAUUCAAAUGGUGACAACUCCCGCGCGGGUACGUGCAGGAGCGAGGUGCCGGGACGCUCGGUAGACACAGCGAGACACAGGGAGGGUCCGUGGGGCGGGCGGCUGUCGGCGGCGGUGCCGGACGUGGCCAUGGCGCCCAACGCCAACACGCACCUGCUGUCGUCGCUGUCCAGCGCGCACUACGUCGCGCACCCGCUCACCAACGACUACGGCGGCGUGGUGCUACAGCUGGACCUCGGGGACGGAGCGACGCACACGCCGAGACCAGGCUCCCGGGCGCAGCGCGCAGGCGCGGCGGCGAGCGGGCGACAGCACCGAGAUCACGCGCAGGCGAUGUCGUGCGUGCGCGCGCGCCCCGACGACGACGAGCUGCGAGCCGCCAUAGAGCUCUCCGUUAUAAGGGCGUACUCGUCGCUGGAGGGCGGGCGCGGGCGCGGCGCGAGGCUCGACCUGCGACACAACG